AUGACUUCCCUGGAGCGGAUCCUUUGUUUGCUCUCCCGAGAGCAAUCAAACUUAUUCCAGAGGCUGACCCAAAACAACGCCAGCGAAGGAGAGGUACUCGAGGUGGUCUUCUGGUCCGACUCACAACACCCACCGGUCCGUGCACAACACCCACCGCUCCCGAAAGAGGUCUGCUGGACGGAGAAGGAGGACGUGGAGGCUGUUACAAUACAACAACAAGUGGAGGGUGAGGCUGUUAGAGUGAAAGAAGAAGAGAGAGAAGUUACAGUAAAAGAAGAGGGAGACGCGUUCAGAGUGAAAGUGGAGGAGGAAGUUACGGUGAAAGAAGAGGAGCAAGAGGAGGAUGGAGUUGUCGGAGUGAAAGAAGAGAAGAGGGAGAUGACUGUCACAUCGAAAAAGGAGGAGGAAGAGGAAACUGGAUAUCUGGGCCCGGUUUCCCAAAGUGGUCUUAAGGCAUCCUAUGGUUCUAACGAUGAAUUUAGCCUUAAAAUACGUUUGGGAAAAUCGGCCCAGAUUAACACUAGAGAGAGACUUGACUAUCGUGGAUCCUCUGUAGAGCCUCAACAAUAUCAUGAAGCUGACGAGGCAGAGAAGAGUCUCUCCACAUCAGAACGCCUCAAGAAACACCAGCGGAAACCCACAGGGAAGAAAUCUCACCGAUGCUCUGACUGUGGGAAGAGUUACUCAAGAUCAGAUUCACUAAAGGUACACCAGAGAAUUCACAAUGGAGAGAAACCUUAUACCUGUGAUCAAUGUGGGAAGAGUUUUGUUACAUCUAGCCGUCUAACUAUACACCAGAGAACACAUACAGGAGAGAAGCCAUAUAGCUGUGAUCAAUGUGAGAAGAGUUUUGUUACUUCUAGCCAUCUGACUAUACACCAGAGAACACACACAGGAGAGAAAUCUUACCAUUGCUCUGAUUGUGGAAAGAGUUACUCAAGAUCAGAUUCACUAAAAGUACACCAGAGAAUUCACACUGGAGAGAAACCUUUUAUCUGUUAUCAGUGUGGGAAGAGUUUGAAUGAUCCAAGCAGCAUGAAAACACACCAGAGAAUUCAGGCUGGAGAGAAACCUCAUUGCUGCUUUGACUGCGGGAGGAGAUUCACCUCUUCAGAGGACCUUAAAAUACGUCAGAGAAUCCAUACAGGAGUGAAACCUUAUAGCUGUUAUCAAUGUGGGAAGUGUUUUACUGAAUCUAGACAGCUGACAAUACAUCAGAGAGCACACACAGGAGAGAAACCUUACCCCUGCUCUAACUGUGGAAAGAGUUUUGUUUCUUCAGUACAUUUAAAAUCACACCAGAGAACACACACUGGAGAGAAGCCUUAUAGCUGUAAUCAAUGUGGGAAGAGUUUUACUCACUCAAGCUGCCUGAUGGUACAUCGGAGAACACACACAGGAGAGAAACCUUAUAGCUGUAACCAAUGUGUGAAGAGCUUUGUUACAUCUAGCCGUCUGACUAUACACCAGAGAACACACACAGGAGAGAAGCCUUAUAGCUGUGAUCAAUGUGGGAAUAGUUUUACUACAUCUAGCCAUCUGACUAUGCACCAGCGGACACACACAGGAGAGAAUCCUUAUAGCUGUAAUCAAUGUGGGAAGAGAUACACUGGUAGAAAAUCUCUGAUUAAACAUCAGAAAAUACAUAUAUGAAGACGUUGUUCCAUGAUUUCAAUUAAAUAAUGUCACAAUGUAGAAUGUUUUUAACAUUGUAGUAGGAGUAUUUUAAUGUCACAAUGUACAGUGA